AUGUCGAAGAAGAGGGGCAGAGAGCAGCCUGCUAUCAAUACACAAUUGGUGGAGAUUUACGAGGAUCUAGCUAAUGUGGAUGAAAACAUUCGACUGAAAGCAGCCCAAGCUUUGCUCACGAAUUUUGUAGCGGAUGGCAAAUCUACGGGCGAGCAGCUCAACGAGAUUGUGAGGAGGCUGCUCAGAGGCUUGUGCAGUGGGCGAAAAGCUGCUCGAUUGGGCUUCUCGGUUGUCCUUACUGAGCUCUUGAUUGAACUUUUAGGCCCAAGUGGAAGGAGCGUUGCUGGGUUUCCAAAUGUCCUAGAAUUGAUUGAGACUCUGAAGAAUCAGAGUCAAGUAUCCAGCAAUGUAUCUGGCCAGGAAGAGCGAGAUCACCAGUUUGGACGACUCUUUGGCGCAGAAUCUAUUAUCAAAUCGGGAAUUCUGUUUCAGCCGAGCAUGGGAGUUGAGGCUUGGUCCAACAUCUUAGACAUCGUCUAUGAAUUGGCAAAGAGGAAGCCCUGGCUAAGGGAAGAAUGUGGCUUCAUCUUGUUCAAUUCCAUUCAAAUAUUGAAGGGCAAAGACUUGGAGUACGCUCAGUUGAUAAUUGACAAGUUGCUAGCCAAAGGGCUUUCCAAGACACCCCAGGGAGUAGCAAUAUGGAUUGGGAUCCAGGCAGAGUUCCCUUCGAUUGCUUUACCGCGCGGCGUGUGGCAUCACGAGGACCCCUUGAAUCGGAAAGACAUUUCCAGAUUAGCCAAGAUACUAAUGGAAGCCUCCGCAACUACUUCGCCACAGAGUGUCCUUGAGUCAGAGACUACUACAAAUGGUGCUUGGGCUACCAAGCUUCAAUUUGCGUGGGACGUAGUACUGGCUGAGUUGCUGGAUUUUCACCCACAAGGCCUGCAGAAGAGUGCAAAACCCGCUAAACGGAUGAGAUUUGCGGAGUUUUGGGAGGAGUGUAUUGAUAAAGCACUAUUUGCUACCUCGUCCUCAGAGGAACGAAAAUAUUGGGGUUUCUUGCUAUUUCAGCGAAUUGUUCCUAACGUACCCGUAAAAGUACUUUCUGACAUUUUCACACAAAACCUGAUGCGAUGUCUCACCAACCAGCUUGCCUCCCCAGAGCGUUACCUCCACCGCGCUGCCGAGAGAUCCAUCAAGACAAUUCUUGCCAGAGCUCGAUCGAAUCCAAAUACCAGGGCACCAAUCCUAAAAGCUCUUCUGGAUCCUGUAAACGGAGACAUCAAUUUCGAUAAAAUUACAAAGACCAAGACAGUCGAAACUCUAAUCUCUCUGGUGGAUGACCCGUCUUUUGAGCAAGUGGUCGGGAUAUACGAAGACUUGAUCCUGCGACCCGGAGUAGACGAUGAGAAGACCGCAGCCUCAAGACGACAGUCUGCAGCGGACCAGCUUGUCUCGGCUGUCCGGUCUAUACAGCACCAUUCUACCGAACAAGUUCUCGCGAAAAGCGAAUUUCUCGUUAAUAUCCGCAGAAUCUUGGCUCUUUUAGCAAAGUGCGCUUACUUCGAGGUCGACAAUGCUCCGAACGACCAAGGCGACAGUCCAGGUCCGAAAAUCUCCCAGGCGUCACGAGAGAUGUUCAGAACGCGUAUCUCGUCAUGUUUAUCGAGCCUGGUCGCUAAGCCAAUAGGGGAGCCGUCCUAUUUUGCCUAUGAGCUUGUAUGCAAUAUUCAUGGCCGAGAAGAGAAUGCGAACCAUCCCCAUGUUGUCUUGAACGCCGAUGAAAAUGUGCGUGUCGUACUGAGGAAGGCGUGGCAGACAUUGAGAAAGGUUCAUACUCAGUCUAGUUGUGAUCCAGAUGAAGAAGCGCGAUUCUUUCGUGCUCUUGAGCUCCUGUACUCCUUAACUAUCCUACAGGUGCAUAAUGAGGAAGCUGACGCCGUUGGUAUUUUGGUCGAGCUCAACCACAGCUUCAAGCCUUUACUUCAAAAGAAGAGGCGUCCUCAGGACUCUGCGACCUUGAUAGAGAUACUUUUGAGCUUCAUAGCAAAACCGUCGCAGCUAUUUCGACGCCUGGCUCAGCAGGUCUUCACAGCUUGCGCAUCCGAGCUUGACGAUACUGCUUUGCAAUCCAUGAUCGAGAUUUUGGAAACAAAGGAGAGCCUGUCAGGCCAGUCACAAAUGUUCGACCAAGAAGAUGAGGAAGGACAGGCGGGCUCGGCGUUUGACGUGGAGGAAGUCGAUUUGGCCAAGACCGGGUUAGGAAGCUCUUCCGCAGAGGAAGAGUCCGAUGAAGGAUCGAGCGACACAGAUGCGGCGGACUCGGAUGAAGAUGAUGAUGGAUUGGCAGAACUGAACGCAAAACUUGCACAGAUUGUGGGUACUCGGCCUGGCAACGAAGAUGUAGACGCAGAAGACAGUUCCUCCUCGGAUGAAGAGAUGACGGACGAGCAAAUGUUCGAGUUGAACGGGUCUCUGGAGAAUAUCUUUCGAGAGCGAAAGAAGGUCACGAGCAAGAAGACUGAGAAGAAAGACGCCAAAGAGAACAUAGUCAAUUUCAAAUGCCGAGUGUUGGAUCUCCUGGAGAUUUACGUGAAGCAAGAGCACGGCAAUGGCCUAGCUUUAAGUCUUUCUCUACCGAUCCUCACGCUGGUCCGAACGACAACAAGUCCGUUGGUAUCUCGAAAGGCGUGCGAUGUCAUGAGGGAAUAUGCUCGGCUUUGCAAAGGGGACGGGAUGCCACACAUCGAGGACACAGAGUCUGUAUUUGAUCUGCUUGAAGCGGUUCACGUUGAAGCUAUGAAAGAGGGCUCAAACGCUCAUGCUAGUGCGUGCAGUCAGGCAAGCCUGCUUCUUGUGAGAGUUCUAGUCGCUCAUGAUAGAGAAAGCCUGCGGAAGGUGGUGAAGGUCUAUGGCGCCACGCAAGAGCGUGCUUUGUUCGACUUCAGCUGCAAGGUGAAGACGUCGUUCUUCACGGACUGGCUCAACUGGUGCACUUCAGCUAGGAAAUGA